GCUCAAACACUAAGUAAUAUGGUUUUGAUGUACCCGAAGAUGCUCAUUCUAAUAAGCAUAAUUGCUGCAAUAUUGGCAAUUGGAUCGAGCAAUGCAAACUUUCAAAAGGGCUCUCAAAACUGGAGGUUCGGGUUCAACCAUACCAAUGAGCCAUUCAGACACAAGAACCUAGUUCAAGGCUCUAGAAGGAUUAUUGUUGGUGGAUCUGAUAAUUGGCGUUUUGGGUUUAAUUACACUGAAUGGGCUAGGACAAAUGCUCCGUUCUUCUUCAACGAUACUUUAGUGUUCAAAUUUGAUCCACCUAGCGAUAGUAAUGCGCAUCCACAUAGCAUUUAUUUGCUACCAAAUCUAUGGAGUUUUCUGAGGUGCGACCUAAGAUGGGCGAAACGUGUGGCAAACACAUCACAAGGCGGAGGAGAAGGGUUCGAGUUUGUGCUCAACAAAUGGAAGCCAUAUUACUUCGCUUGUGGAGAAAGCAACGGUUUCCAUUGUCAAUCAGGAAUGAAGUUUUUUGUAAUGCCAUUGUUUCGUUGGUACUAGACCUUUGAAUGCUCGGUUUGGUGCACUUGAAAUGAGUUGAAUCAAUUGUUUUUUUUAAGUUUACCAGUUUAACACAUAAGAAAAUAAGUGAAUGUUGAUUGUUUUAUCAAGUACUUGUAAUUUUUGGUUCCAGUAAUAUUGUUUAUUUUGCUUUAGAU